GCAGCAUUAGGGUCUCUUCAGUCUCUCCUGCAAACUGGCUGCUGCUGGGAGGUCACUCCCCCUCCCCAAAAAGAAAACAACCUGCUGAGCCCGUGACCUGCAAGCACAAUAUUUGAUCUGGGAUCUAGGGCGGGCACCGGGCUCUGCGAAUCGGGAGCCGCACUCACAUGCUGCUCGGCACACGGGAGAGCCCGGCGAAGAGCAGCGAGGCUUUGGAGAGGAGGCUCCCAGCUUGGUCCUUCCAGCACCAGCACCAUGCGCUGGGCCACCAUCCUGCUCAUCGCCGGGCUCUGCGGAGCCUCCCUGGGCCAGUACAAUGAGGAGGAGGACAUGGCUUGGCUGCAGUACUACAUGAGGCAGUCCCGCAUGUCCUCCUACAACUACAUGCCCUACUACGAGGAGGAGAACACCCCCUACGUGUACUCCUACCUCCCAGCUCCAGACACGGAGGCAGAGCCUGGCCCCGAACCUCAGCAAGCCCCUUCCUGGCAAUGUCCUCAAGAGUGUGAUUGCCCCCCAAACUUCUCAUCAGCCAUGUACUGUGACACCCGCAACCUGAGGUACCUGCCCUUCGUCCCCUCCCGGAUGAAAUACGUCUACUUCCAAAACAACCUCAUCACCACCAUCCAAGAAGGGGCUUUUGACAACGCCACGGAGCUGGAAUGGCUCGCGCUGCACAACAACCAGAUCGCCAGUGAGAAGAUGGGCAAAAAGGUCUUUGCCAAGCUCAAAAGGCUGGAGAGGCUGUACAUGAACAACAACAACCUAACCAAGAUGCCCAGCCCAUUGCCCCGGUCCCUGAGAGAGCUCCACUUGUCUUACAAUCAGAUCUCCAAGGUCCCCUCCAAUGUUCUGGAGGGUCUGGAGAACCUCACAGCCCUGUACCUCAGCCACAACUUCAUUUUUGAGAUGGGAGCAUCCCUCAAAGGGCUCAAGUCCUUGAUCCUUGCUGAUCUGAGCUACAACCACCUCAGGAAAGUGCCUGAUGGGCUCCCAAUGUCUUUGGAACAGCUCUACCUAGAGUACAACUACAUCAACACCAUCCCCGAUGACUAUUUCCAAGUCUCUCCCAAGCUGCUCUAUGUGCGGAUGUCCCACAACAGCCUGACAAAUCAAGGUCUCUCGACCAACACUUUCAACAGCAGCAGCAUCCUGGAGCUGGACCUUUCUUACAACAGGCUCCAGAAGAUCCCCCGGGUCAACACCAACCUGGAGAACCUCUACCUUCAAGGGAACCAAAUCAACGAGUUCUCCAUCAGCAGCUUCUGCACCGUGGUGGACGUGAUGAACUACUCCAGGCUCCAGGUCCUGCGGCUCGACGGCAACGAGAUCAAGCGCAACGCGGUGCCCCCGGACGCCCCUCUCUGCCUCCGGCGUGCCACCGUCAUCGAGAUCUGACCCGCCCCCCCUCAGGACUUGGCUCCCCCCUUCCCGGGGAGAUGCCCACUCCC